UUUGGAAUAGAGCCAUGACAAAGCCACCAUUGAGUAAUGAACAUUGGUUGGCUAAAUGGACCAGGGCUAAAACACGUUGGACGAAGCGGACCAAUCAGAGCGAAGAUAGAUCGGACCAGACCAUCGUCAGAGGGAGAGGGGGGAAGAAAACAGAGGCGCUGAAACCGAGCUCGUGCAGAAGACCCGUGUAAGCAGUAUCUGUUCUCAGAAGCUCUAACCUUUCAGUUUAUACCCAAAACGUUGUUUGAAACUAUUCAGAAUGUCAGCGAAGGCCAUCUCUGAGCAGACAGGGAAGGAGUUCCUGUACAAGCACAUCUGCACCACAGCUGUUGUGCAGAACCGCUUCCGCUAUGCUAAUGUCACCGCAACUACCGACUGGGAGCGACUGGUGCAGGAACAUCCAUGGCUGUUGACUGAGAGAUUGGUUGUGAAGCCAGAUCAGCUGAUCAAGCGCAGAGGGAAGCUGGGAUUAGUAGGCGUCAACCUUGAUUUACAGGGCGUCAAAGAAUGGCUUAAAACCCGCCUUAUGAAAGAUACCAUGGUGGGGAAGGCAAAAGGCAUUCUGAAGAAUUUCCUCAUAGAGCCUUUUGUUGCCCAUAAGCAGGAAGAAGAGUUUUACGUGUGUAUCUAUGCAGCCCGGGAGGGUGACUAUGUGCUCUUCCAUCAUGAGGGAGGAGUUGAUGUAGGUGACGUGGACUCUAAAGCUCAGAAGCUCCUGGUGGGCGUAGAUGAGAAACUCAGUCUGGAUUCAGUGAGGCAGAAACUCCUCACACACGCCCCACAAGACAAAAAGGAGGCUCUGAGUACUUUCCUGGUGGGUUUGUUUAACCUGUAUGAAGACUUGUACUUCACCUACCUGGAGAUCAACCCACUGGUGGUGACUAAAGAUGGAGUGUAUGUGUUGGACAUGGCUGCUAAGAUCGAUGCUACAGCUGAUUACCUCUGCAAGGCUAAAUGGGGUGAUCUGGAGUUUCCUCCUCCUUUUGGCAGAGAGGCGUAUCCUGAGGAAGCGUAUAUAGCAGACUUGGAUGCUAAAAGUGGUGCAAGUUUGAAACUCACUCUACUCAACCCUCGUGGACGCAUCUGGACCAUGGUGGCAGGCGGCGGAGCCUCAGUUGUGUAUAGCGAUACAAUCUGCGACCUGGGUGGAGUUAACGAGCUGGCCAAUUAUGGAGAAUAUUCAGGAGCUCCAAGCGAGCAGCAGACGUACGACUACGCCAAGACUAUCCUGUCCCUAAUGACCCGCGAGAAACAUCCUGAUGGGAAGGUGCUGAUCAUUGGAGGAAGCAUCGCAAACUUCACUAAUGUAGCUGCAACCUUUAAGGGUAUCGUCAGAGCAAUCAAAGACUAUCAGGAACCUCUGAAGGAACAUGACGUCAGCAUUUUUGUACGACGUGGCGGUCCAAACUAUCAGGAGGGUCUGCGAGUGAUGGGUGAAGUGGGGAAGACCACAGGCAUCCCUAUUCAUGUCUUCGGCACUGAGACUCAUAUGACAGCUAUCGUUGGUAUGGCACUGGGCCACCGACCAAUUGCCUCUCAGCCACGUGUCGCUGCCCACACUGCCAACUUCCUGCUCAACACCAGCGGCAGCCCCUCGACUCCAUCCUCCAGUAGAACUGCAUCUUUCUCAGAAGCCAAGAGUGGAGCAGAGUCUUCGCCUGCAAAAAAGGCUAAACCAGGGGCUCGGCCAGUGAAGGCCACCACUCUGUUCAGCAUGCACACGAAGGCCAUUGUGUGGGGCAUGCAGACUCGUGCCGUACAGGGAAUGCUGGACUUUGACUAUGUGUGCUCUCGUGAGCAACCCUCAGUAGCAGCCAUGAUCUACCCCUUCACUGGAGACCACAAGCAGAAAUUUUAUUGGGGUCACAAGGAAAUAUUAUUGCCAGUCUACAAAAACAUGUCCGAUGCCAUGCAGAAACAUCCAGAAGUGGACGUCCUGAUUAGCUUUGCCUCUCUCCGUUCUGCCUUCGACAGCACUAUGGAGACCUUACAAUACCCACAGAUUCACACUAUCGCUAUUAUAGCUGAGGGAAUCCCUGAAGCUCUGACACGAAAGAUCAUUAAGAAAGCAGAUGAGAGGGGGGUCACAAUCAUCGGGCCUGCGACGGUUGGAGGAAUAAAACCUGGCUGUUUUAAGAUCGGUAACACGGGUGGAAUGCUCGACAACAUCCUGGCAUCGAAGCUGUACAGGCCAGGAAGCGUGGGCUACGUCUCACGCUCUGGGGGAAUGUCUAAUGAGCUCAACAACAUCAUCUCCCGCACCACUGAUGGAGUUUACGAAGGUGUAGCCAUUGGAGGAGACAGAUACCCAGGUUCAGUAUUCAUAGAUCAUGUGUUGAGGUACCAGGACACACCCGAUGUGAAGAUGAUCAUUGUGCUUGGAGAGAUCGGAGGUACAGAGGAAUACAAGAUUUGUCAGGGCAUUAAAGAGGGAAGGAUUACUAAGCCCGUGGUUUGCUGGUGCAUCGGCACUUGUGCCACCAUGUUUUCCUCUGAGGUGCAGUUCGGCCAUGCCGGGGCAUGUGCAAACCAGGCCUCUGAAACGGCAGUGGCCAAGAACCAGGCACUCCAAGACGCUGGAGCCUUCGUCCCCAAGAGCUUUGAUGAGCUGGGAGAAGUCAUAAAAUCAGUGUAUGAUGACUUGGUGAACCGUGGUGUGAUUGUGCCCGCUAAAGAAGUUCCCCCUCCUACUGUGCCAAUGGACUAUUCUUGGGCAAGGGAACUCGGUCUGAUCCGUAAGCCAGCGUCCUUCAUGACCAGUAUCUGUGAUGAAAGAGGGCAGGAACUGAUCUACGCCGGGAUGCCCAUCACAGAGGUUUUCAAGUCGGAGAUAGGUCUGGGAGGAACCUUGGGGCUUCUCUGGUUCCAGAGAAGGUUACCUCGAUACGCAUGUCAGUUCAUCGAGAUGUGUUUGAUGGUGACUGCAGACCACGGUCCUGCCGUUUCUGGAGCUCAUAACACGAUUGUGUGUGCUCGUGCAGGGAAAGAUCUCAUCUCUAGCCUCACGUCUGGUCUUCUUACUAUUGGUGACCGGUUUGGUGGGGCUUUGGAUGCUGCCGCGAAACAGUUUAGCAAGGCUUUUGACAGCGGCAUGCUGCCUAUGGAGUUUGUCAACAAGAUGAAGAAAGAUGGGAAACUGAUAAUGGGAAUUGGGCACAGAGUCAAAUCUAUCAAUAAUCCUGACAUGAGGGUGCAGAUCCUGAAGGACUUUGUGAAGCAGCACUUUCCUUCUUCUCAGCUUCUCGACUAUGCACUGGAUGUGGAAAAAAUCACCACCUCCAAGAAACCCAACCUUAUUUUGAAUGUAGACGGCUUUAUUGGCGUGGCAUUCGUGGAUCUGCUCAGAACGUGUGGAGGCUUUACACGGGACGAGGCAGAUGAGUUUGUGGAGAUCGGAGCACUGAACGGGAUCUUCGUCUUAGGACGCAGCAUGGGCUUUAUUGGCCACUAUCUGGACCAGAAACGGCUGAAACAGGGUCUAUACCGUCACCCAUGGGAUGACAUCUCCUAUGUCCUUCCUGAACACAUGUCCAUGUAACCGUGGAAACCAUCACACCAUCAGCCUAUCAUCACCACUUCAAUCAGCUUUGACCUCUGACCUGGGGACGGUCAUGUCUUUUUGUCUUCACCAGCUUAACUGUGAUCGUGUCAUUGUGCUUUAUUACUCAGUCCAUUAGUCCGGUGAUAAAAAUUGUGAAUAAUAAUAAUCCUGUAGUACUGAUAUAAUGCUGUGAAAUGUGGAUCACAUGGUAGAAUAAUACGGAUAAUUUACAUAUAAUAUAUUAAAAUGAUUACACUUACCUUAAGCUGUUGAGUGUUCGUUAGACUCGCUCUUUAGAUUGUAAUGUGUUUCUUCAGCUUCAGGUGAAAAAAGCUACUAAAUUGUCAUAAGCAGCCAACUAGUGCAAUAACUAACUAAAGUUAGGGACCGUUAAGUUGCUAUUUUUGAAAAUGACUAAAUGUUACUAUUUUUGAUGUAUUUUUUUUAAAGUUGACUGUGCCAAGGCAUAAAGUUUACACAAAGUUUACACGCCAUCUGUCACGUGCCAGUGCCGCUGUCUAAAUAUAAUAUUAGUAAUAUGCUAUUUCAAUGUUUUACAAAAACCUGUGUAUAAUAUGUAGUGCCAUUCCAUUUAAUUAUUUAUUUUUUUAUGCCUAAAUUAAUAUCUGUGUCCAAGAAGUAUAAAUUAUAUCAAGAACACAUCCAGCUCUCACUGUGAAGUAACAAAGUGUGUAUGAAGGUGCAUAAUAAAAUAAAUACAAAUCAAUUCCUGAAUUGCA